ACCGCGACUAAGACAUCUCACCUGUCACCUAAAGACCCAGUGUUUAGCAACGACGACAAGCAGUUCUUUACGAUCUACUUGAACAAUCCAGCCAAGAUGGGCGACGAGUAUCUCUUGUCGAUGUCGUUUUCGAGUCCGCUAAAAAUGGACAACUACGGCUUCUAUGUCAGCUCGUACAAAGUUAACGGGACGACCGAGUACAUGGCGACGACGCACUUCGAGGCGACGAGCGCGCGCAAGGCCUUCCCCUGCUUCGACGAGCCGUUGUACCGCGCAACCUUCGACAUUGCGGUGGCCAAGCUAGACGACGAGAUCGCGCUGUCCAACAUGCCCCCCGUGGGUGAGCCCUCCAAAUACGACCCAACGAUCGGCAACCGCCGGUGGGUGACGUUCAAGCGGACCCCCGAGAUGCCGACCUACCUCGUGGCCUUCGUCGUGUCCAAGCUGAAGAAGGUGAACACGACCAGUGACAAGAUCAACAUCUACGUCCGCGAGGGAGCCGAGAACGGCGUGACCGAGGCCCGCACCGUGGUGCCCAAGCUCCUGAGGUUCCUGGAGAACUUCAUGGGCGUCGCCUACCCGCUACCGAAGCUCGACUUGGUCGCCAUCCCGGACUUCCCUGCCGGCGCCAUGGAGAACUGGGGACUUAUCACAUUCAAGGAGGACAUGCUCCUCGUGUCCGAACUCUCGGCCGCCGACCGCCUGGCCGAGUCCCUCCGCGUCAUCACCCACGAGUUCGCCCACCUGUGGUUCGGCGACUACGUCACGCUGCAGUGGUGGAACACCAUCUGGCAGCAGGAGGGCAUGGCGGCCUUCAUGGAGUCGUACGCCCUGGACGGGGUAGGUGCUGACGCCGUUGAUCUGGCGCUCCAGGUUCAUGGGG